AUGUCCGCGGGCGCAUACGAAAAUGAUGGAGAUGCUGUUAUAGAAAUGGACCUCCUUCCACCCCGCUGGAUCGACGUUCAAGACGAGGUCGGCGAUGUACUGAAAGAGAUCACUCUCAAGGCCGUCAAACUGGACAAGCUCCAUUCGAAACAUGUGCUUCCUGGAUUUGAUGACGAAUCCGUCAAACAGCAAGAGGAACGUGAAAUAGAGCAGUUAACACAAGAGAUCACCAGAGGAUUUCAGGAGUGCCAAAAGGCUAUCAAACGCAUCGAGCACAUGGUCACGGAGGCCAGAGAGACGGGCAAUCUGCAGAAAGGAGACGAGAUCAUGGCGCAGAAUAUCCAAGUGGCUUUGGCGGCCAGAGUUCAAGAAGUGAGCGCCGCGUUCAGAAAGAAGCAAAGCAAUUACUUGAACAAACUUCGAGCAUUGGGCGGCUUCGAGUCGCCCAUUGGCCGAUCAUCGACACCGGUGCAGAAUCCGUACAUGGACCCAGCCUUGAUGGAGUCUGACGCCGACAAGUCAUUCGGUCAGUCAACAUUACAGCAAACGGCCCAGAAACGAUUGAACAGGAACGAUACUGUCAUUCGCCAAAGAGAACACGAGAUCAAUGAUAUUGCGAAGGGCAUCAUCGAGCUGGCCGAUAUCUUCCGCGAAUUACAAGUCAUGGUCAUUGACCAGGGUACUGUGCUUGACCGAAUAGAUUAUAAUGUCGAGCGCAUGGCAACAGAUGUAAAAGGUGCUGAAAAGGAGCUUACCGUUGCGACAAACUACCAACGGCGGAAUACAAAGCGAAAGAUCCUCCUGCUCCUGUUGCUUCUGGUGAUUGGCAUGUUCAUUUUACUUCUCAUCAAGCCCAAGAGGCGAUCCGAAGCGCCGCCAACCUCACCAGCAAGUCCGGAAAGUCCUCCAUAG